GAAGCAUUAUUCCCAUGUUAGACCACCAACCUUUUUGUAUGUACUUUCACUUUAUAUAUUGUGUGCACUAAUCAACCUAAACAAGACCUCCCCAAACUAUCAAAAUCUCUCUAUAUUCGCCAUGGAUACAAUAAGACUUUGGUUAAGCUAUGCAGUGUUGCUCUUUCUUACUCAGAGACAUUCAGUUUGUGCGCAAGGUGGUGGUGUCAUCGGGGGAGCAGGGAUUUUGGUUCAGAGAGCAGCGUUCUGUUUCAACAAUAACCUCCUCUAUAGAGGGUGCAAUGAGGCGUUCAGACUAAACCAAGGAGGUGAAUUCAAGGUUCCACCAGAGGAAACAGACAGGUUCUGCAACGGCCCUUGUGCCGCAGAGACGGAACUCGUGCUUGAAUGCAUUAACAACGUCAUGUCUGAUUUCGUGUUUUACAAUCGUGCUACACCGAGAGAUAUCAGGAACACUCUUCGUGGUGGCUGCAGCAACUCUUUCACUAGAGGAAACUUCAAUGUGGGAAACUAUGCUCAAGGACUCUUUUUUGGCAAAGCAGAGAAGAAGCUGCCUGGUUUUUUCAUUGGACUAGUUCUCGGUUUGGCACCGUUGAUCCUGUAAAGCAUACUUUUGUUAUUCAUUAGACUAUACAAGAGCUUGUAUGUAUGUAAAUGAUACUCCAUCUCAUUGGACUAUCAUUGUUUGUCUACAUAGGAAAAACAUGGAUUCAUUGUUACCUUUUUGAUUUUAGAGUCUGCGGCAAAGAUUUACACUUUUCUCAUUUGUUUUAUGGCUUGUUAAAUGUCGGAGCUGAGGUUAGCGUUGAAUGUCACUUUUGUGUUUUCAACUUCAUCGGGUUAACCAUGUGAGAGACCUGCACAUCACAUUUCAUCCUCUAACAAAACACACUCUUUUCAAGUUAUCUUCAAAUUCAUAUUUCAAAUAAGAGGCUUGAAACUAAUAUGCCAUGAGGGCUUGUACGAGAAGAGAAGACAAAGUCGACAUGCAAAAAGGAUCGCAAUCAGCUGGUGGUUUUCAUCAGAAUCAGCCACUGACGUUGCAGAAUGUCUAGAAUAUCUCCAGAGCCAUACCAUAGCUCAACACCAGACGAACAUGCAAUUGAGAGCUUUGGUUCAAGAUUCGACAUCCAAUUCAAGAAGGUUCGGGAUCAGCUCUCAUUUGAUGAAUAAGAUUUUGAAGAGUCGAGACAAGGAGACGGUGAACUCAAAUUCAAACAUUCUGAUAGGCGAAAAUAAAUUUAUACACUAAUGAUUAUGCAGAAACCUAAAUUCUACUAAGGGGCUGUUAUUGGUUUAUGAUUAACAAAGAGUAUUGAUGAUUUUCUAAAUUAAACUAUUUCCUUAACUUGAAAAGAGUUUUGAUGAUAUUUAUAGAAUUUUUUAUUUUGUUAAAAGAGUUUUGUUGAUUAUUAAUCCAAGAUAAUUAUAAACUUGUGCAGAGUUUAUCUUUUCCCAACAACUAUUUAUUAUAUAUAAUUUUUUUAUAAUUAUCUUUCCACAAAGUCCACGUAACGUCUCUUCUCCACAUUAGCUUCAUAUGAGAACAAGAAAACCCAGACGACCAUUUCUGUUCCUCUAGUUUUUUCUCCUUUACCGUCCCAACCUUGGCGACACCCAAGUUCUAUGGCGUCAACGCAUCAACAAUAGAAGCUUCGAGAGAUUGUGUUGUGUAAAGAUUACAAAGUGAAAACCAAUGACAUAUUUUUAAUUAUAAUUAAAUCAUUAUUGGUUAAGGUUUAAAGACUUCUACACCCAUGUUUGGGGUUCGAACCCCAAACUAUGCAAUUUCUUGCAGAUUACAAGAAAUCCAGGUUUCAAGUCCCAAAGAGAGCAAUUUAUUAAUGCAGGCUACAGAAGAAAAGUUUACAAGGAAUCUUCAACAUGGUGCAAGUAGAUCUUAUCAGGGAUGGAUCUUCAUAGAACGGCUCAAAUGAUGCAGUUAGGCGUAGAUCUUCAUAAGGCAGGUAGUAUUGUCGGUUGUCGAAUCGUCUAUAUAAUAUUUCUCAUAAAAUGUAAUGUCCUAAUAAAUCAGCGUUAAAAAAAAUGAUAUCACUUAAUUAUGAUGACAAUCAGGUUUAUGUGGCGGCAUAAGAAUCAAUUGAAAAAUAUCAAGUCCAAAAUUUAAUUGCUGGUAAAACUUAUACUAAUCCAAACAUAAAUGUAUACUAGAGCUUGACCUGCACGUCCGUGCGGAUGUUUGUUUUAACUUGUAAAAUCAUUAUAAACCAUUGGUAAUUACUGUUUGUAUAAACUGUGGCAAACUUUAUUAGAUUUUUGUUGGAUUGUACUGUGUUGAGUGAAUUUUUUAACACAAAUAAAUGAUUAGUAAUACAUUCAUCUAUUAAUUAUUUUGUUUUAUUAGUUUCAUUGUUAAUUUUAUAUUGUACUAAUACCACAUAUUUAAAAUGUUGAAAUUAUUAAUUAUACAUAUAUAUUAUAUUAUAAAUGGAGUACAUAUUUUUGGACGACAAAAAUGUAAUAUUAAUUUUUUUUAGAAUAAUAAAUAGCAAAAUUUUAAAAUCGUAAUCUAUAGAUUUAAAGAGAAUCACGUUUGGAUUUCAAAUUAAUUAUGCUUGAUUGUAGGGAAGAUAAUUAAGAAAGUUAGAUUUGGAGUGGAUCACGUUUGGGAAAAUUACAAAAUCCACAGGGAAGAUAAUUGUUGUAUUUAGAUUAAUCAUUUGUUUUAAAUGCAGUGGCAUAGACUUGUAAUUAUUUAGGAGAAAUUGGGGUUAAAUACCAAAUGUACUUCAGUUUUAAUAGAUCAGAUAAUAUGAUAAAAUUAAUACUCGGCGAUUUCAUUAAAUUAAUACUCGACGAUCUCAUUAUAUGAAACUUUCUUUAAAUGGCUCAAAGUUGAUUUAUAUUGUGAUUCAACAUAAUAACUUUUUUAAAGUGUAAGAUAUACUUUUAAUUCGUAUUAUUUGGACAACAAUUUAAAUCAAAGUUUGCUAUAUAUUAAGUAUUGCAUGAUUUGGCUAUACAUCGUAAAAUAAAGAUUUUUUAAAGUGUUUUUUUUAUUAAUGGAAAAGAGACACUUUGAUAAAAAAAAAUAGCGAAGAGACGCAACUAUUCAAAAUUGUUUUGUUAAUUAAAAAAAAUAUUGUUCGGUUCUCAGGCAUUCCUAGCCUACAAAUUUUUUUAUAAAAAAUAAUACAUAAAUUAAGUUUUUUUUUUGUUACUACCGAAUGAACUUAUAUAUCAAAUAUUUUUUCUUGCAACACAAUUCUUUAGAACUUAAAUUAUGAAAUUUAUAUUGAAGAUUAAAAAAAGCUUUGGCACCUGCCUAAUUGUUUUUCGUAGUUUAGGAAAAUAUUAAUAAUGACCUUUCGUAUUAGUUAAAGAUAUGUAUCACGUUAACCUAACUUUCAUCAUGUACAAAGUAUCGUUUGCAAACAAAUAAUAAUAUCAUCAUUCUAUAUUUAGGCCUCAAGUAUAAUAAAAAUGGGGUGAAAUUUUUUAUAUUGUCUUAAUUUGGUCCAUAACCAAACUAUACUUCAAAUUAUAAGCUUAAUCCAAUUUGUAAUUGUAUUUUUAAUAUUUAAUUUUUCCAUCUUAUGUUGUCAAAAAGAACGUAAAAAAUCUGAUAUUAUGAAAUUAGUGUAUAUUCAAAAUUAAAACUAUAUAAAUUUUAUCUACUGAUAAGUUAGUAAAAGAAAAUUCCAAAUUUAUCGGUCCAACAUAUAUAUGAUUAUAUAAACAAUCAAAAAUUGUAUAGAUAUAAGAACAAUGUGAUCAUAUAUAAUUCUUAAAUUUGUCAAUACAAUAUGUUUAAUUAUAAAACAACUACUUAUUUCGGAUUAUCUAUAAUUGGGGUCGCUUAAAUAUUCUUUUUAAUUUCAAUUGAGGAGAAGGAGAAUCAAUCGUAAAAUGUUGGUAUUAUUAUCGACAAUAAAAAAACCUAAAAUCUGAAACAAAUUUUCGUGAUUAAUUUUAGAAUCAAACUCUUUUGAUAAGUUUAAAUUAAUUAUUUUUAUACCAGGUUUUUUAAUAAAUAAGAAACUUUUCCACCAAGUUAAUGCUUCCACCGAUUUUUUUUAACUUUCAUUUACAAAUAGGAGUGUAAAUGGAUAUAACAUUUUAAUUUUUUUAUUUUAGCUUCUAUACUUUUUCUAUGUGUACCAAAUAUUUAUAGUUAGUUAGUUAUUUUAUAUUGAGAAAAACAUAAAUACCAAAUAUAUUUGACAACAAGAACACAUGUAUUCAGAAAUCAUCACAUUUUACAAUAUUAAAAUAUAAGUUCUUUAAUAAAUAUUUCACCUUGCACAUGGCACAGUUCUUAUCCUAAUAACUAACUAAAUAGAAAAAAAUAAUUCAUUAAACUUAAAAUCAAUUUAUAAAGUAUUUAACAUUCAAAAAACUAAACACAUAUAAAUCAAAUUUAAUUGUUUUAUUAAAUUAAGAUUCCAAAAUCUAACCCUAAAAAUACAAAUAAUACUAUAACAUAUGUUACCUAUCCUUAAACCAAAGAGUAUCAUGACUCAAUCUACAUUCAUUCACCUAUGUUGACAACAAUUUAAUUUUAGUAAAUCAAAAUUUAUAGCAUUUACAAAUUUCAGUAAUUAUAUGAUUUGGAUUUUUUUCCUAUAAAAAUAUAUUUUACAAAAUUUAAAAAUUAUUUUUAAGAUCUAAUAAAUGAGAAUACUUCCCUUGGAAGACUUCCUUGAAGAUUUCUAGAAGAUUUCACUUUAGGUGAAAAACCUAAAUUUCUAAGUUAAUCAUUAGGCCGAAACCUAAAUUCUAACAAAAUUUAAGCAUGAGAAGAUACACUUUGUUGUGAAGUCUUCCAGGAAGUCUUCAAGUGCAUUAUAUAUUAGAGAACUUCCUGAGAAGUCUUUACAACCCUAUAAUCAAACAACUAAUUAAAAUAGCAAAACAAAUUCAUGAAACUUAAAAUCAAGAAAAAUUUUCUAUGAUAGCCAUUUUUAGUUUAUCUUCACAAAAUAGUUCUCAAUGAAGAAAAUGACCAAACAAAUUUUUAUUGAAGGGUCUAGGGUUAACUAGUCUAGACUUAGGGUUUAGAGUUAAGGGUGGGGUUUUAGGGACAUGUUUUCAAAUUUAAAAAAAAAAUUAAAAAAUAAAUAUUAAAAUUUUCAAAAUAAAAAGUGCUAUUUUGGUUAUUUUCUUCUUUGAUGGCUAUUUUUGUGACAAAAAAAUAAAAAAAAAGAGCUAUUAGAGAAAAUUGUCUGAAAAUCAACUUAUAAAGUGUUAAAUAUACACAAAACUAAAAACAUAUAUGUCAAAAAAAAUUUCAAACAGUUAAGAUUCCAAUUUUUAACCUUAAAAUACAUUAAUAUUAUAACAUAUUGUAUCAAACCUUAAACCAAAGACCAUCAAGGCUCAAUCUACAUUCACUCAUCUAUGCUGAAAAAAAAAUUCAAUUUUAGUAAAUAUAAUUUUACAUCAUUUAGAAAUAUUUAUAAUUACAUGAUUUAAAUUUUUUCCCAUCAAAACAGUUUUUAUAAAAUUUAUAAAUUAUUUUUAAGAUAUAAUACAUGUGAACACUUUCGAAGAUGUCUUCUUAUAGAAAAAUUCUGGAUAGUCUGCUCAGAGAAGACUUUACUAACCACAUAGAAGACUUCACAGAGUUAUAUUCGUAAAGUGCAUAUAAUUUUUUUUUUGGUCGUAAAAGGUUGGUCGUAGUUUCACUAAUAUUUUGGGUUAGUUUGCAUUUGAUUCUAUUUAGGAUAUACUUUUGCAUUUCAAAUUAAGUUUUGAGUCAUUUUUGGCAAAUUUCUCUUUAUACAUUGGUUUAUACGUUUCUUUGAGACAGAUGAUAAAUAAAUUGGAAACUCAUUGAUUUUAAAUUCGUUAAAACUAAAUCAAUACAAAAUAUAAGAAUUAUUUUACGUAAAAAGUUUACUAAUGGAAAAUUAAAAAAAAAAAUUAUAAAAACUUAGGUUUAAUUAAUUUCUAACUCAUAUAACCUAUAAUUUGGAAUAAAAACACACUACAAACUACAAGUUCUAACAUUUAUAAUUUACUGGACAGAAAAAAUUAAUAUAAAUAGUUUAAAUUUUUUUUAUGAUAAACUCUAAUGUAUAUAUGUAAAUAUAUAUAUAUAUAUAAAUAUUCAAAUAAAACUGUAAUAGAAAAAUAAU